GGGAAAAUAAAAAAGUAGCAAAAAGAAACUCCUCCUCGAAGCUUUUCUUUCGUUGAAAGAGAUAAAGAGGAGGAGGACGACGAGAACCCGAAAUUAGAUAGAAUAGAACGCAAAGAAAAGUAACACACUAGAGAAGAAGUACACGCUUUUCCUUCCUUCUCCUUCUCCUUCUACUUCACCGGCGUCGGAACUGCAAUUCGUUAAUUCAUUUCUUUUUCAUCCAUCGAAUUCCCGGCCACUUUAAUCUGCGGGUUCGGUUGUUUCCGGGGGGAGAGCCUGUUUCCCGGCGAAACAUCGAAACACAUGGCUACAGGAGUAGAAUCGUCACCGCUAUCCUCCGGGACGGUGGAGAAGGUGGCACCGAGUGGAAUCGCGCUUGAUUUCCCGGCGACUGAUGCUCCUUCGUCUGCCUCGCCGCCGAGAAUUCCCAAGCGGCUUCGGAAGCGGAUGAUGGAGGCGAAAACUUCGCCUGUCAGUAGCGUGCAGGAGAUCGAAGCUAAGCUUCGCGACGCUGAACUCCGGAGGCAGCAAUUCUAUGAGAUGUUGUCCACUAAGGCUAGGCCAAAGCCGCGAAGCCCUUCGCGGUCUUCCUCUCAGGAUGAAGAUCUUGGUCAACGCCUUGAAGCCAAACUCUUAGCUGCAGAGCAGAAAAGGUUGGGUAUCUUGACCAAUGCUCAAAUGCGCCUAGCUAAGCUGGAUGAGUUACGCCAGGCGGUGAAAGCUGGGGUGGAAAGGCGUGUAGAGAGGGAAAGGCAGAGGCUUGGCACUAAAGUAGAAUUGCGUGUUCAACAUGCUGAGGAAAAUAGAAUGCUUCUCUUGAAAGCUUAUAAGCAGCGCCAUGCUUCUGUGAAGGAGAGGACUUCUCGGUCAUUAAUGCAAAGAGUUGCCAAGGAGAGCAAAUAUAAGGAGCGUGUGCGUGCAGCGAUUAACCAGAAGCGUGCUGCUGCAGAGAAGAAAAGACUCGGGUUGCUGGAGGCGGAGAAGAAGAAAGCAUGUGACCGGAUUUUGCAAGUGCAGCAAGUAGCUAAGUCUGUCUCUUAUAAGCGCGAGAUUGAGAGGAGGAGAAUGAUGGACCAACUUGAGGAUCGGUUGCAGAGGGCAAAACGACAGAGAGCAGAAUACUUGAAGCAGAGGUGCAGACAGCGUAGUCCUAUGCAGAUGAAUUUGAAGAGGAUGGAAAAGCAGGCUGAUGUUCUUUCAAGGAAAUUAGCCAGGUGCUGGAGGAAGUUUCUUUCAUCAAGAAGAACGACCUUAGAGCUGGUAAAAGAUUAUGACGCCUUGAAGAUAAACGAGAACUCUGUAAAAACCAUGCCAUUUGAACAGCUUGCUUCUGCAAUUGGAUCACCUGCUACCCUUCGGACAGUAAAAGCUCUGCUAGAUCGGCUGGAGAGCCGAUAUAAAGUCUGCAGGGCAGUUGCUGCUGCUAGCUAUUCUUCUACACUGGACAACAUCGAUCACCUGCUGAAAAGAGUCACUUCUCCUCAGAGAAGAUCUACACCCAGGUCCUCAAUGAGGAGCAGAGAAGCAAAGAGUGCAGGUGCUACAAGGGAAUUGACUAUAAGUCCAGCUAAGUUAUCCAGGUAUUCAGUGAGAGUAGUUCUUUGUGCUUACAUGAUUCUGGGGCAUCCAGAUGCUGUUCUCAGCAGUCAAGGAGAGAGGGAAACUUCCUUGGCCAAGUCUGCAAAGGAUUUUAUCCACGAGUUUGAGCUGUUAAUAAGGAUCAUUCUGGAGGGACCACUUCAGAGCUCUGAUGACGAGUCGGACUCCAUUUCAUCAAAGCGCUGUACCUUCAGGUCCCAACUUGCGGUAUUCGACAAAGCGUGGUGCACAUUCUUGAAUUGCUUUGUGGUGUGGAAGGUUAAGGAUGCCGUGUCAUUGGAGGAGGACUUAGUGAGAGCAGCUUGUCAGCUUGAGCUAUCUAUGAUUCAAAAAUGCAAGAUGUCUCCUGGCGGAGAAAAUAAGGGUCUUCUUUCUCAUGAUAUGAAGGCUAUUCAGAAACAGGUAACAAACGACCAGAAAUUGCUAAGAGAUAAAGUACGGCAUCUUAGUGGGGAUGCUGGGAUUGAGAGAAUGCAAUCGGCUUUGGACAAGAUGCGCUCGAAGUAUAAGGAAAAUGGCACACCUAUUGGUUCACCAAUAAUCAGUGUGUCAUCUCCUGGCAUGCCCAGUUUCGUUGCAGGUGCUGCAUCUACAAGUGAUGUCAGGGCUGAGUUACCAAGUCGAGUAGUCCGUUCUUUGUUCAAGGAUGAAAGUAUUGACCCAUUUAAACAAGCAAGUUCCUCGGCUACUGCUAUCCCACCCAAGUCGGCAAUUUCCUCUGCAGCAGGCACAAGCUCAUCUGUCGGUCAAGUGGGUGGUUCUGUUAAUAAGAUGAUAACAGAGAAUGAAGUUAUUGUGAAUGAGCUUCUUCAUGAAAAGGGUAGGGGUCUGGUUGACAAAUUAGACACUGCCCAAAAAGAUGAAGAGAACCUCCAGGCAAAGGUUAAAGAGGCAAUGGAAAAGGCUUUCUGGGAUGGAGUGAUGAACUCGGUAAAAGAAGAGGGACCCGACUAUGACAGGGUCAUUAACCUUGUGAAGGAGGUGAGGGAUGAAAUCAUUGAGAUGGCUCCUGAGAGCUGGAGACAAACCAUCAUGGAAGCUAUUGAUCUAGACGUUCUUACUCAGGUAUUGACGUCGGGAAACUUAGACAUUGAGUACCUUGGGAAGAUUCUAGAGUUUGCACUGGCUACAUUGCUAAAGCUCUCUUCCCCUGCCCAUGAAGAUGAAAUGAAAGUCAAAUAUCAGAAUUUACUCCAAGAAUUAACUGAGGCAUGUCAAAAUAGAGAUGAUAAUGCAAAGAGUUCUCCUGCGGUGGCAAUGAUUAGAGGUCUCCGCUUUGUGCUAGAGCAGAUACAGACGCUUAAAAGUGAGAUCAGCAAAGCACGUAUAAAACUGAUGGAGCCAUUGUUGAAAGGCCCUGCUGGAUUGGAAUAUAUUAGGAAAGCUUUUGCUAAUCGGCAUGGCUCCCCGUUGGAUGCUUGUUCGUCUCUACCACUGACAAAGCAGUGGCUUUCUUCCUUGAUAAGUUGCAGUGACCAGGAAUGGGAAGAACAUAAUAAUUCUCUCUCGGCUUUGGCCAGCCAUGGGAAUCCUUCGCAGGCGUUUCUGCCUUCUAGUGCACUUCGAACCGGUGGGAGCUUUCAGGUGAAACAAAGUGCUGCGCCAGAUGCUGGCUCCAGCAAUGAACAAUCAGCGCUGGUCCCUGAAUAUUCUGGUGAUAGGAUUGAUCUCUUGGUUAGGCUUGGAUUGCUGAAAAUGGUCACUGAGGUUUCCGGUAUAACGCCUGAAACUCUUCCAGAGACCUUCGCUCUCAACCUGUCCAGAUUGAGAGGCGUCCAGGCUGAAGUCCAGAAACUUAUAGUGGUCACUACCAGUGUCUUAGUUUGCCGGCAGACUCUCUUGAUGGAGAGAGGUGCAGCCAGCAGUGCUGACACAGAAAACACAGUAUCAAACUGUAGCAAGCAACUGUUGCAACUCUUGGACCGUGGUGGCGACGAUGCUGGGAUCGAUGAAAUCGUCGGCAUACUCAGCAGCUUCUUCUCCCAAGAUUCAUCUCCGUCGGGAUCUGAAAGCAAAAACACUCAGCAGCUUCAGUCGAGGAAGGAAGUCAUGGGUAGGAUGUUAGGAAGGAGCUUACAGGCAGGGGACCCAGUUUUUACAAAGGUCUCCCGCGCUGUUUACUCCGCGGCCAGGGGUGUCGUUCUGGCGGGAAGCGGAUUCAAAGGAAGGAAACUGGCCGAAACGGCUCUCAGGCCGGUUGGUGCCGCCGUCCUCGCUGACAGGGUGGUGGAGGCUGCCCAAGUGCUGGUUACGGCGGCUGGAGUCUCUGUAGCAGUCCAUGGACCAUGCGUUUCCCCUGCCUCCCACCGCUCCCAGAUUUCCGAUGAUUCGAUCUUCGUCCGUGAAGCCUCUUCCGCCUCUUCGGCCGCCUCCGUCCACCACCUCCCGCUCCGGCUACUGGAGUCGAUAAACGAGAAUUGCCACCGCGGAGGCCUCCUCCACAACCAGAACGGUGGUGCCGCCGUGGAGCUGAAUCGCGACCCCGGGGACGAGGAGGACGAGAGGGAGUUUCGGAUUUUGGGCCACUCGAUGUGCUUCAAGAGGCGUCGCCCCGAUUCCGAAGUUCAGUGCGGUCCGGCCAAGAGGCCGGUUGCUGUGAGCGAGGCGGAUGUUCAGGAGCGGCGGAGCUCGGUGAAGGCUUGGGGGAACCAGCCGAUUAGCGAGGCAGAUCCGGAGCUGUUUGAGAUCAUGGGCAAGGAGAAGGAGAGGCAGUUCAAAGGGAUUGAGCUUAUCGCGUCGGAGAAUUUCGUGUGUAGAGCUGUAAUGGAUGCACUCGGUAGUCAUUUGACCAACAAGUAUUCGGAAGGGAUGCCAGGGGCGCGUUACUAUGGUGGGAAUCAGUACAUUGACGAGAUUGAAAACCUGUGUUGCAAGCGGGCGCUGGAUGCUUUCGGGUUGGAUUCGGAGAAUUGGGGUGUUAAUGUCCAGCCAUACUCUUGUACUUCGGCUAAUUUCGCUGUCUAUACAGGGUUGUUGUUGCCUGGGGACAGAAUCAUGGGUCUGGAUACUCCUUCUGGAGGUAAUACUAGCCAUGGUUGUUAUAUGCCGAGUGGUAGGAAAGUUUCGGGUGCCUCCAUUUUCUUUGAGAGUUUGUCGUAUAAGGUGAACCCACAAACUGGUUACAUUGAUUUCGAUAAGCUGGAAGAGAGGGCGCUUGAUUUCAGGCCCAAGAUUCUUAUCUGUGGUGGAAGCUCGUAUCCUAGGGAGUGGGAUUAUGCGAGGUUCAGGCAGAUUGCGGAUAAGUGUGGUGCUGUUCUUUUGUGUGAUAUGGCUCAAAUUAGCGGCCUUGUUGCGACUAAGGAAUGCGUCAAUCCUUUUGAUUACUGUGAUAUUGUUACCUCAACAACGCAUAAAAGCUUGCGGGGACCAAGGGGAGGCAUAAUUUUCUACAGGAAGGGUGCGAAGCCAAGGAAAAGAGGAAUGCUUCUAAGUCAGGGAAAUGAAAGUGAGCAGUAUGAUUUCGAGGAGAAGAUAAACUUUGCUGUAUUUCCAUCGUUGCAAGGUGGACCUCACAAUAACCACAUAGCCGCUCUUGCAAUCGCCUUGAAGCAAGUUGCUACUCCAGAAUACAAGGUGUAUAUGCAACAGGUGAAGCGUAACUCACAGGCUUUAGCCAAUGCUUUGUUGAGAAGAAGAUGCCGCCUGGUAACUGGAGGCACGGAUAACCAUUUGUUGCUUUGGGAUCUGAGGCCUCUGGGACUAACAGGUAAAACAUAUGAGAAGGUCUGCGAGAUGUGCCAUAUGACUGUGAAUAAAAUUGCAAUCUUUGGUGAUAAUGGCACCAUUACUCCUGGCGGUGUAAGGAUCGGCACACCUGCUAUGACGUCUAGAGGUUGCCUGGAGUCUGAUUUCGAGAUGAUGGCCGAUUUUCUACUGAGGGUUGCCCAUAUCGCGAGCACGUUACAGCGAGAGCAUGGCAAGUCCCCAAAGGCUUUCCUGGAAGCUCUGCAGAGCAGCAAGGACCUUGCCGAGGUCCGGAACCAAGUUGAAGGUUUUGCAACCCAGUUUGCUUUGCCCGGGUUCGAUGUUUGAACAUGAAGGAAUAUGCCCGGAUCUCAGAACUGCUGCAUGCCAUCUUGAAGCUACAUUGAGGAUUUCGAUGCUCGUUUGAAACCCCCGAAUGUGGGCAUUAUUCGACGCAGUGCUUGUUCCUUGUGUUUAUCUGUUGGGGGGUGUCUAUAGGUUGGUUUUUGGCAAGUCUCUGGUAAUUGCAGGAUACUGGAUUUGGUUGUAGAUAGAAAUUUUGGUAUAAAGAUGCGAAGACAAGAAGGAUAUAUUUAUUUAGUGAAGGCGCUCUUUCUUAAGGUGUCAAGAAUUGGUGUCAUUUU